CGGGAGCCGGGGACGGGAGGCACCAGGGUCGGCCAGACAUGGUAUAAGGUGGCCUGGCCGUGGGCUGUGGGUGGCAGCACGAACUUCUUGGCGCCUUUGCCUGCGCACUCCAGUCUCCUCUGGCCCCAGCUCAGCCCGGAGUCAGCGUGACCAGUUCUCUGCCUCCAGCCGAAGGCUACCACUCCCUCUGCGUGAUGGCCUCACCCCGGCCCGGGAGCCAGUGAGUGGACUCAGUGGCUCCCAGUUGCUCUCAGCAGCUCCCGCAAUUACCCCUGCUGCCCAGUGCCUGGGCUCCCCCUAUUCUGGGUUCCUCUUCCCGGGCGCCUCCUCCCCAGCCUCUGCACACUGUCCCCGAGCCUCAGGCCUGGAGUAGGAGGAAACAUCUGUCGCGCCCCCUGGCAGCAGAAAUGGGGUCAUGACCUCCAGAUGUGUUGGGAAGCGUCCAGCGCCUCCUCUUGGGGCAGCCAGGCCUUCCGGAUCUAUGGGGGCGGGGCUGCCCCUUCCCCCUCAGUGACAUAGGCUGCAAGGAAUGUCCCGGCCUCAAUGGACCCUGUGUGAAGCUGUGGAAUGGGGGGCAGAGCCUAAGAACACCUCCCUAAGGCAGGGCAGAGCCAGGCACUGGGCCAGAGGCACGCGUUCACGCAUAUACAGAGCUUAGCCCACGUGGACCAGGGUCCGCACAGAUCCCUCCCUCCUGCCCUCUCUCACCCCCACACCCCAGCCCAGCCCUGAGUCGCCUGAGUGAGCCUAGAGCAUGGCACAGGGCCCCAUGUCUCCCGUGCACAUAGAUGGCCAGCUUCAGUCUCCCAGCAGCCCUGGGAGGGGACUGGGGUAAUUAACCCCCUUUUAGCGAUGAGAAAACAGAGGCUCAAGGUCAACAUGAGACCUCCUCCUAGGAGAAACCGAUAUAGGAGGCCCCUGAGCGUUGGAGGCACGUCCUUGUUUGGUUCCUGACCGCAGCUGAGGGCUGUGUGGAGCCCCUCCUCCCACACUAUGUGCCAAGACCCACCAGUAGCUUCCUGCACCCCCAGUAAUGGUUCCCACACCCCUGCCCUAGCUGCUACCUCUAUCACAGGUCACCUGGGGUAGUUCUCCCUCAUGUUCUCACACCACCUUUUACACCUGCGCCUGGUCUGGCCAUAUUUGUGCACUCAGCAGGUCCCUGGGGCCUUGGGUGUCUGAGUCUUACAUCCUGUGAGACCAUGAACCUCAGCCCAUCCCCUGCCGCCCCCACACCUCCGCUCACAAGGGAGCCAGGGACAGGAGUGAGCGAGCAGUUGCAGUUCUGUAAAGGCUCUGGAGAUUGAUGGGCCCACGUUCAGAGCCUACCUCUAACAUGGAAUUGCUUCAGCCAAACGCAUCACCUUUUAGGACCUCAGUUUGACCUUCUGUCACAGGGGUUCAGAAGUCUUUGCACCAGUGAGACCAGGUAGACAGAGGUCCCCAUGGGUCCCAGUUCCAGCAAAGGAAGCCAGGCAGCGUAGCUCCCUCUCUUCCCCAGACUUGGCUUAGUAACCUGCAAGUGGGUGGGCCCAGGUUUGGCCUCAGGCCUCAGGUGACUUGGGUCCCAUGACUGGUUGGUGUGACCCCAGCAUCUGUCUCAGGAUGUGGGGGCUAGGCUGGGGGCUGGGCCGAGCUGGGGCCAUUUCCUGUGUUGAAGGAAGUCUUUCCAUUCCUACUGCCCUGCACCCGCUUCUGACAGCCCCUGUGUGCUUGUGGCAUUGGAGCUGUAGGAGCCCAGGGCGUUGCCAGCAGGCCUCUGGGUGCUCAGCUCCUCUGGGACCCAGGAGGAAGUAGGAAGUGCAGGGAGGAAGGUCUCUGGGGACAGGACGUCCUCCCUUUGUCAAUUGGGCAGGACCCAGACAACAGUAGUCCCAGAGGUUUCCCGUCCCAGCCAAAAAGAAUUAUCUGCGUGACUGGGCCAGGCUUUGGUGGAGACCCUCACUCUGGGCCCAAGACCACACCCAAGGUGUCGGAAUGGGAACUGGGGAACCCUGGCAGGAGCAGGGUUUCCCAGGCUCUAGGACCUUUAGGGCCAAAGCCCCAUAUCCAGGCCCUGACCCUGCUGAAACCAAGCCGGGGAGGGGGCUGGAAACCUCAGCCCUAGGCAGACAAGGAAGUGGCCAGGAAAGCGGAAGCAGCUUUGAUGGUCUCAGAGGGGGCCGGAAGCCAACCGGGGUGGUGGAGGACCAGGCUGGGGGCCUGGGUUCCUGUUUUCUCCUCAGGUCCCUCUGAGCAGCCCCCUCCUCCUUCAGGGCAGGAACCACUGCCACAACCUCAGCCUGCUGGCUGGUCACCAAACACCCGCGUCUGCCAAUGCGGCCUGGGCUCCAGAGAGCCAGGCCCACAGAACAUGCCCAUGUGGGCUGGUGGUGUGGGGAGCCCGCGGCGGGGCAUGGCCCCUGCGCCCACCGAUGACCUCUUCGCCCGCAAGCUGCGCCAGCCAGCCCGGCCCCCACUGACACCACACACCUUUGAGCCAAGGCCGGCCCGGAGCCCACUCCUGCGCAGUGGCAGUGAUGCAGGGGAGGCCCGGCCCCCCACCCCAGCCAGUCCUCGAGCCAGAGCCCACAGCCAUGAGGAUGCCAGCCGUCCUGCUGCAGCCCCUGCUCGACUCUUCACCGACCCUCUGGCUUUGCUGGGGCUACCUGCUGAGGAGCCGGAGCCCACCUUCCCGCCAGUGCUGGAGCCCCGGUGGUUUGCUCACUAUGAUGUGCAGAGCCUGCUCUUUGAUUGGGCUCCACAACCACGGGGGACACGGGGACACAUGGACACCAGCUCUGCGACUCCGGCCUCAGCUGAGGACCAUGCUGUCAGCUCAGAUCUGCUGCUUGGGGCACCUGGCUUUGUGAGUGAGCUCGGGGGUGAAGGUGAGCUAGGCCUGGGGGGACCAAUGUCCCCGCCUAUGCCCCCUGCACUUCCCAAUGCGGCCGUGUCCGUCCUGGAAGAGCCACAGAGCCGGACCACAGCGUACAGCCUGGAGCACGCAGAUCUGGGUGCUGGCUACUACCGCAAGUACUUCUACGGCAAAGAGCAUCAGAACUUCUUUGGGGUAGAUGAGCAGCUGGGCCCAGUGGCAGUGAGCCUGCAGCGGGAGGAGAAGGAGGGCAGCGGAGGGGGUACCUUGCACAGCUACCGUGUCAUCGUGCGGACCACACAGCUCCGGACCCUCCGUGGCACCAUUUCAGAGGACGCAUUGCCCCCAGGGCCCCCCCGUGGCCUGUCCCCAAGGAAGCUUCUGGAAUACGUGGCGCCCAGGCUGAGCCCAUCAUGCCUGCGUCUGGGCUCAGCAUCCCCCAAGGUGCCACGCACGCUGCUUACGCUGGACGAACAAGUGCUGAGCUUCCAGCGCAAGGUGGGCAUCCUGUACUGUCGCUCCGGCCAGGGCUCGGAGGAGGAGAUGUACAACAACCAGGAGGCGGGCGCGGCCUUCAUGCAGUUCCUCACCUUGCUGGGUGACGUGGUGCGGCUCAAAGGCUUUGACAGCUACCGGGCACAGCUGGACACCAAAACGGAUUCCACAGGCACACACUCCCUCUACACCACGUACCAGGACCACGAGAUCAUGUUCCACGUCUCCACGAUGCUGCCUUACACCCCUAAUAACCAGCAGCAGCUCCUGAGGAAGCGGCACAUCGGCAAUGACAUUGUGACCAUCGUGUUCCAGGAGCCUGGCAGCAAGCCUUUCUGCCCCACCACCAUCCGCUCCCACUUCCAGCAUGUAUUCAUAGUGGUGAGGGCGCAUGCGCCCUGCACCCCGCACACCUCCUAUAGGGUGGCCAUCAGCCGCACUCAGGACACUCCAGCCUUCGGGCCAGCCCUGCCCCCCGGAGGAGGCCCCUUCGCGGCCAACGCUGACUUUCGGGCCUUCCUGCUGGCCAAGGCGCUCAAUGGUGAGCAGGCAGCGGGGCACGCACGCCAGUUCCACGCCAUGGCCACGCGCACACGCCAGCAGUACCUACAGGACCUGGCCAACAACGAGGUGACCACCACGUCGCUGGACUCGGCCUCGCGCUUUGGCCUGCCCUCCCUGGGCGGCAGGCGCCGGGCGACCCCUCGGGGCCUGGGCUGUGAGCUGCAGGCGGCGGGCGCGCUGACCUGGGGCGUGCGUGCGGCACAGGGGACGAGGGUCGCAGCCGGAGCCGAAGCGGGAGGCCCGGAGGGCGCCGAGGUGCCUUGUCUGCUGGGCAUCUCGGCGGAGACGCUGGUGCUGGUGGCGCCCCGCGACGGCCGCGUAGUCUUCAACUGCGCCUGUCGCGACGUGCUGGCUUGGACCUUCUCGGAGCAGCAGCUGGACCUGUACCACGGUCGCGGGGAGGCGAUCACACUGCGGUUCGACGGGGCCCCUGGCCAGGCGGUGGGCGAGGUGGUCACACGCCUGCAGUUGGUGAGCAGAGGCUGCGAGACCCGCGAGCUGGCACCGCCCCGCGACGGCCAGGGUCGCCUCGGCUUUGAGGUGGACGUCGAGGGCUUUAUCACGCACGUGGAGCGCUUCACUUUCGCGGAGAAGGCCGGGCUGCGGCCUGGGGCGCGCCUGCUGCGCGUGUGCGGCCGGACGCUGCCCAGCCUCGGCCCUGAGGCCACUGCUCAGCUGCUGCGCUCUGCGCCCAAGGUCUGCGUCACCGUCUUGCCCCCGGAAGAGAGCGGCCGGCCCCGCAGGAGCUUUUCGGAGCUGUACGAGCUGUCUCUGCAAGAGCCCAGCCGUCGGGGGGCCCCAGAGCCAGGGCAGGAGGAGACCCUGGAGGUGGUCCUGCAGCCUAUCACAAAGCAGCUGCUGCACCUGUGCCUACAAGAUGGAGCCGGCCCUCCGGGGCCCGGGGAUCUGGCGGAGGAGAGGACUGAGUUCCUGCACAGCCAGAACUCGCCACCAUCACCCCACAGCUCCCUGUCAGAUGAGGCCCCAGUCCUGCCCAAUACCACCCCGGACCUCCUCCUGGCCACCACGGCCAAGCCGGCAGCAGCUGGUGCUGGCAGGGAGACACCACCUUCCCAGGAACAGCCAGGCAGCCCCAGUGGCCAUAAAGACAAGGGCAACCCGGCCCCAGAACUGAGGGCCUCCUUCCUGCCACGGACUUUGUCCCUACGGAACUCCAUCAGCAAGAUCAUGUCGGAGGCUGGCAGUGAGACGCUGGAGGACGAGUGGCAGUCCAUCUCAGAGAUCGCCUCCACCUGCAACACCAUUCUGGAGUCACUGUCCCGGGAGGGCCAGCCCAUCCCAGAGAGCGGAGACCCCAAGGGAACUCCAAAGUCUGAUGCUGAGCCAGAACCUGGGAGCCUGUCGGAGAAGGUCUCGCACCUGGAGGCUAUGCUCAGGAAGCUGCAGGAGGACCUGAAGAAGGAGAAAGCAGACAGGGCGGCCCUGGAGGAGGAGGUACGGAGUCUGCGGCACAACAACCAGAGGCUGCUGGCUGAGUCAGAGAGCGCAGCCACCCGCCUGCUCCUGGCCUCCAAGCAGCUGGGCUCAGCCACCACCGACCUGGCCUGAGGCUAUGUGGUCCAGCCUCAGUCAGACACGGACCUGGUUGGAACUGCCUGGGCCCUUUGGGCGCCUGGGUCUCCCCAGCCCUGGGCCUUCCUCAGGAUCUCUCCCAGCGCUCAUGCGCAUCGUAGCACUGUUCCCACUCCCCAACUCAUUUUGUGGCAAAGGUGCCCCCACUUGUCCCUGUUUGUAAAUAUUUUGUGGAGAAA